AUGACCACUACUGUGGUAGGUGCUACUGAAGACCAUAGAGCCACCAGCUUUGCUUUGAAGGUUGCUGACUGCCCAGAGACAAAAUAUCCCAUCAAAAUAGUGAGCACAUGGCAAAGCUGCCUGUGGUACAAGAAGGACCAUAAACUUAAAAUCCCCAAAGGUUACGUUCGUUUCCAUCUGAUCUCUCCAUUGAUACAGCGGUCUGCAGAGAACAUAGUGUUGUUCGAUACGUUUGUAAACAUCCUUUCUCUCAACCUUGGUGAACCAGCUUACGCAGCAGACGUCGCCCAGCUGGAAUACAAGCUGGUGGCUGGAGAGCACGGCUUAAUCAUUCGAGUGAAAGGAUUCAAUCAUAAACUACCUCUUCUGUUUCAGCUCAUCAUUGAUUACUUGACUGACUUCAGCUUUACUCCAGCAGUUUUUGAAAUGAUAACAGAGCAGCUGAAGAAAACAUAUUUCAAUAUCCUUAUCAAGCCUGAGACUCUGGCCAAGGAUGUGCGUCUCCUGAUUUUAGAACAUGACAGGUGGUCCAUGAUAGACAAGUAUGAGACAUUGACAAAGGGCCUUUCCACUGAGGCUCUCUCAUCCUUUGUUGAGGCUUUAGAGGCAUAG